AUGAAAUUAACUGAGGCCAAAAAGAGAAGCCUUGUAUUUUGCGCAUUUUCCCUUGUGAUUCUGAUAGUGUGCUUCAUCCUGAUUGCCCACUACUGCGGCUUUCAGCAUGAGCCACAGGCGUAUAGGGUUAUGCUGGUGACCUUGCUCUUUGUGGUGGUCUCCCACUUACUCUUUUGGGAGCCUAUUCGGUUCAUUGUGCUGGCCAUCGACCACGCCACAUGGCCGUCGGUAGAUCAUCCGUACCGGUCGGAAAAGGGCCCCCAGCCCAACCUCUUCACCUACCUGAAGACCCGGCUAAGCUGCCUGCGCUCCGAGGUCAUAAUUACCGAGGAACACCGGAACGAGGCCCUAAACCAGAAGUACAAGAACAUUUCCACCGACCUGUGGCUCUACGGAUCCUCCUAUCUGGCCCUUCUGUUGACUAUCCUAGCUAUGCAGGACCAGUCCCUCUACUACGCAACAAACAUGAUGGGCAGGUUAUUUAACCAGGACACACCGACCACCAUGGGCCUGUCGAACCUUUGCUUACAGUACGAGACUUACAUGUUCAUCGCGAUUACCUUAGUUGAAGCCUUCAAUGCCAACAGCAGCGUUUACGGCCACGACGGUUGGUAUGCCAUGGAUCAGUGGAAGAUGCUGGGCGCGAUUCGGUUGCGCCAGUUACGCACCGUGAACAAAAAAAUCGGACUGGGCACUCCCAAAUGGGAUAGCGUGACUUAUGCUCCCGGGUGGAAGCUGCCGUACCAACACCUGCACUACACAGAUAGGUUCUGGCGGGUGUUCGACCCCUUCAAGCCGAUGGUUGUGGAGCCCACCUUCAUAAAUGGCCUGCUCCUCAACUUUCGCCACUUUGGCGAAUUCAUGAACUACCCGGAGCUCGGCGGCUACAUGGCCCUGAUGAUGAGGCCGCUGGAGAGCAAUCGAAUGCAGCUCAAGUACCUGGACGAAUCCAAAUGGCUGAACAGGAAUACCGCGGCCCUGUUUAUCGACUUCUCUUUGUACAACGUGGACGCCAACGUCUUCGCGAUACUGACGCUGCGGGUGGAGAACAGUCCGUUCGGGCCGCAGCUGCCUCAUGUGGGAGUGGACUGCGUCAGGAUACUAGCGCUGAUGGACUUCACAUCUUGGUAUCAGCGGUGCUUGAUGGUCAUAUACUUCAUUAGCGUCCUGCAGUUCAUGCGCGUUCUGCUGGAAAACCUGUGGUACGACCCCGCGGCCAUUAGGAAGGUAUGGAACCUGGUGGACGUGUUUAUUUGCCUGCUGAACGUGUUUUUGCUAAUAUUGUGUUUGCUGCACGAGAUUCUGACAACUGGCCUGCUGAUGAGGAUCCAGACGUUGACCAUGGAUCAGUUUCUGGAGACGCAUCGUCUGUUGCGUCUGCACCAUAUAAUAAGCGCCAACAUGGGCUUGCUCAUUGCCAUCACCACGCUGCGACUGUGGAAGGUGCUGCAGUUCGCCUUCGUCUUCCAGCACUUUGCCCAGACGCUGUCCUCCGCCUGGAAGGGGGUCCUCAGUCUCGGGGUGGCCAUUGUUGUCGCCCUCAUGGGCAUUGGAAUUGCUCUGGCCGUGCCCAACGGCAACAACGCCGUGGCUUUUCGCCAUAUCUUCCAUGCGGUCACCACCUGUCUUUGGUACUCAGUGGGCUUCAACGAAAAAUUUGACACCAAAGACUUAUUCCACGGAGGAAAAUUAUUAGGAAUGCUGCUGUUCCUUUUGAUGGUCUUUAUUGUGGCCAUCAUUCUUAUAAAUGUAUUCGCAUCCGUCAUCUACGACUAUUUAAGAUCAACCAGACAGAUUCUGAGAGAGAAGCGAAAGGCCGAGAAGAUCAGCUUCUGGCAGUUCCUGAAGGCGGAGUAUGGCGAGACCGUGCGCCGCUUCUUGAAGUGCUUUUUCCAGCAAAAGUACUACCGCCGCAGGCACACAGUUGCCGAGAACGUAGCCAUGAAACUGGACCGUCAGGAGCAGAAGGAGCUGCUAAGGUCACGUGGCCGGAACUAUAAGCCAAAGCCACCGCUGACCGAUGAGGAGCAGCAUGCGGACUAUCUGCGCCGUGUGCAUCGUAGUAUUAGUCUUGAGGCUGUGCUACAGGUACAACUGGAGCUUUUGAAACGCUAUCUCUUGGGGGACGAGUAUGGCAAUGUGCCCACACCGCCGGAGUCUGACGUGGAUUCCGUCCCAGUUAAGCGAAGACAGUAAUAUACUUUGUGUGUCUCUGGAUGUUUCUUUCAGUGCAGCAUAAGAUAUCUUUAAAAAGCACUAAAGUCAUGUAAUAAAGCACA